AGGUAGCCGGAAACCCCUAUCCGCACCGCAUAAAUCCCAAACCAAAAACAUCACCGGCAGCAGCAGAGUGAGCGCCUCCGUUGCACUAAUCUCGCUCGAAUACAGCAGCCAUGGCCAUGGCGGCCGCGAGCAUCGGCGGCGCACUGGGCUUCCUCGCCCCGCGCCGUCGCGGCGUGUCCUUCGCGGCGGCGGUAGGCCGGAGGAGGCCGUCUCUGGCGGUUGUGCGGGCGGCGUCCUACGAGGCGGGCGUCGGGGUGAUGGCGACCAAGGUGGGGAUGAUGACCUACUUCGACCCGGCCAACGGGAAGCCGGUGCCGGUGACGGUGGUCGGGUUCCGGGAGGGGGGCAACGUGGUGACGCAGGUGAAGACCGCGGCCACCGACGGCUACGACGCCGUGCAGGUCGGGUACCACGGCGUGCGCGAGGACAAGCUCACCCGCCCGGAGCUGGGCCACCUCGGCAAGGCUAGCGCGCCGCCGCUGCGCCACCUGCAGGAAUUCCGGCUGGUGGCCGUCGACGCCUUCGACCCUGGCCAGGAGCUCGAGUUCAACGAGCUCUUCAAGGAGGGCGACCUCGUCGACGUCUCCGCCAAAUCCAUCGGAAAGGGAUUCCAAGGUGGAAUCAAGAGGCACAACUUCAAGCGUGGUCUGAUGACUCACGGUUCCAAGAGCCACAGAGCCCUAGGUUCGAUCGGUGCUGGGACAACCCCAGGGCGGGUGUACAAGGGGAAGAAGAUGCCCGGGAGGAUGGGCGGAACCAAGACCAAGAUCAGGAAGCUCAAGAUCGUCAGGAUCGACAAUGAUCUCAAAGUUGUGAUGAUCAAGGGGGCCAUUCCUGGGAAGCAGGGGAACCUUCUCCGCAUCACGCCCGCGAAGAUUGUCGGCAAGAACAUCCCCAAGAGCUAGACCUGUGCUGCGUUUCAUCUUGUAAGAGUUUGUUUUGUUUCCUUUCUGUUGUAUUCCCAGGUCCAGGUUUUCUAUACAUGCUCAGUUUGCUAAAGCUAAUCUUUGGAUCCAAGUGCGUCGUCCUCCAUGUUGUCAACCACUUCUUCACCUUCUUUUGGACUCAAAAAAACAAAGCCAGCAGAUUCUCUCUA